AUGCGGGUGACGAACCUGUCAGGGUCCCACCCUGCAUUCUUCAUCUUGGUGGGAAUACCCGGGAUGGAGAAGUCUCACACCUGGAUCUCCAUCCUGGUCUGCUUGAUGUACACUGCUGCCCUCCUUGGGAACACUGUCCUGAUGGUCACCAUCGUGAAGGAGCACAGCCUCCACCAGCCCAUGUACAUUUUCCUGUGCAUGUUGGCAGUGUGCGACCUGCUGUUGUCCACUGCCACCGUACCCAAAACCCUCGGUGUCCUCUGGUCUCUCUCCACCCAUAUCUCCUUCAAUGGCUGCCUGGCACAGAUGUUCUCCGUCUAUUUUGUUUUUGUGGCGGAGUCGGCCGUCUUGCUGGCGAUGGCCUUUGAUCGCUACAUCGCCAUCUGCGACCCGCUGCGGUACUCGGCCAUCCUGACGCGCCCCGUUGUGGUGAAGGUCGGUGUGGCGGCCUUGGCCAGGAGCUUCUGCAUCAUGUUCCCUGCCAUCUUCCUCCUCAAGCGGCUGCCCUACUGUGGGCACAGCAUCAUGCCGCACACUUACUGCGAGCACAUCGGCGUGGCCCGCCUGGCCUGCGCCGACAUCUCCAUCAAUGUCUGGUACGGGGUGGCCGCAGGCUUCCUCUCGGCCGGCUUGGACAUGGUCUCCAUCACCGUGUCCUACACACUGAUCCUCAGGUCCCUCUGGGGGCUGCCUUCCUCACGUGCCUCCCCUAAGGCCCUGCACACCUGCAGCUCCCACCUCUGCGUCAUCGCCAUGUUUUACAUGCCAGCCUUCUUCUCCUUCCUAGUGCACCGCUUCGGCCACCAGGUCCCUCGACAUGUCCUCAUCUUGCUGGCCAACCUCUACGUGGUGGUCCCACCAAUGCUCAACCCCAUUGUGUAUGGGGUGAGGAUGCGGCCGAUCCGGGAGCACGUGGUUCACCUCCUCAGCCUGGGGGUCUCAGGCAGGGGGGCGUAG